AUGCUGCUCGGUCUUCUCGUCCUUUCCCUCGCAUUCCAAGGGACAGUGGUAGCUGUCACAGAAUGUGAGGAAUGUAAAUCCAUUGUUGACUUGCUUCAAUUCGAAUGGGGAGAGAAGAAAACAGAGGAAUGUGUCAUGGAAAUUGCAGUUUUCAUUUGUGAAACAUUCCAUAUUGAGGAUAAUGAUGUUUGCAACUUUAUUAUUUCUGAUUUUUCGGACGAGUUCAUGUACGUCAUCUCAAAGAUUCUGGUAACUCCACAUCAACUUUGUGGAUUACUCAUGAAGAAUGAUUGUGGAGACUUCAUCGAUCCAUUGGCUGAAGUCUGGAAUAUGACAAUUCCCGGUAAUCAACCAAAAUACGUUCCGAAGCAAGUUGUUCCAACUGGAAACCCAACUCUCCGUGCACUUCAUCUGACUGAUCUUCAUGUUGACAUGUUCUAUACUCCAGGACUCGAGGCGCAGUGUGAUACUCCACAAUGCUGUCGUCCACAAGAUAUGAAUAUUGAAAUCGUUGAAAAUGGAGCAGUCAAACAAGCAGCAGGACCAUGGGGAACCGUUGGUUCAUGUGAUACUCCAUAUUGGUUGCUCACAAACAUGCUCCAACAUAUUGCCAGUACUGCAGGACAACUUGACUACGUGAUGGUUUCUGGAGACCUUGUGUCGCAUACAGUCUGGGCAUACACUCCUGAAACUCAUUCAUUCAUGGUCCGCAACCUUUCUGAUACAAUUCGUUCGUUUUUCCCAACAACUCCAGUCUAUUUUGCAGUUGGAAAUCAUGAAGGAGUACCUGUUGAUAACAUCGCUCCACAUUUCACACCGAAAAAAUAUCAUAUGGAUUGGUUGUACAAGACGAUGUCUGAUUCAUGGAAGGGGUGGAUUCCAGAAGAUCAAGAAAAGACAUUGGAAUACAAUGGAUGUUAUAUGAAAAAGAUCUACGAUGGUCUGCGUCUCAUCUCUCUCAAUAAUGUUUAUGGAGACAGAAUUAACUUCUGGUUAUACAUCAACCAAACUGACCCAGAUGGCACACUCCAGUGGCUUAUCACUCAACUUCAAGACGCUGAAAAUGUUGGAGAUAAGGUUCAUAUUGUUGCCCAUAUUCCAGGUUCUGAUGGAGAAGCGUUGGAAGGAUAUGCACUCAAUUAUUACAAAAUUAUUAAUCGAUUCACAAACACUGUGGUUGGCCAGUUCUUCGGACACACUCAUUCUGAAAAGUUCUAUAUGAUGUACUCGGAUCCAGAUGAUUUCAAGUCGACACCUAACAAUGUCGUAUAUUCUGCACCAUCUGUAACUCCUUAUUCUGACUUCUUCCCAGCAUACAGAAUUUACACGAUUGAUGGUGUUCAUAGUGGCUCUACAUUCCAAGUCAUUGAUUACGAAGAAUGGUACUUCAAUCUCACAUCUAACAAUGCCAACCCAAAUAACGUGAAAUGGGAGCAAUUGUAUAUGAGUGCAAAUGCUGAAUAUGGGUUGAAGGGACAAACUCCAGAUGAAUAUAACCAAAUGAUUGAGAGAAUGAAGACAGAUACAACUCUUUUCAACAAAUAUUUCGAAAACCACUACCGUCGAUCCGUUUACGAUGGUCUCCAACCCUGCACAACUCAAGAAUGUCGGAAUGGAUAUCUUUGUGAAGCUCGCCAAUUCCAUCAAACAAACAAAUUGUGUACUGAUUUGGAAGGACAGAUUUCAAAGCCAAAAGAAACGAAAAAGAAAUAUUCGGCUAGAUUUGUGACAGAGAAAUCAAAGAAGCGAGGAAAGGAAGAGUGCAAGAUUUGA